UUCCGUUAGUAAUUUCAAAUGGAGCCUGAAAUACAUGAUGGUCGAGUAGGCGACACAAAAUCAACAAAUCCAUUUGGUGGAUUUCAACCUGAGGCUGCAAGUGGAAUAAGAUCUGAAGAUCCUGGAAUUCUAUGCGGAGAAGACUGCAAGUCAGGGCUCAAAUCUGAAUUAACGGAGAUGCCUGAGGUGUCCAGGGAGGAACAGAAAGCAAAGGAGCCCGAACCUGCAGAAAAUGAAGGUGUCAUUGACAUUAAGUACAGUGGCGAAAAUUUGAGAGCCGAAAAAGUUUGUAGGAUAUGUCAUUUGAGUGCUGAACAACCAUUGGAGAAUGGGGAACUCAUGCAGCUAGGCUGUGGCUGCAAAGGCGAGCUAGGAAUUUCACAUCGAAGUUGUGCCGAGGCCUGGUUUGAGCAGAAAGGCAAUCGAUUAUGUGAGAUUUGUGGCAAGCCUGUGACAAACAUUUCCGUCAGAGAGGACAGUAGGAUAUUCAUGGUCGAGUGGAAUGAGAGGACGCUGGUAGCUGCCGCUCCAUACUCUUCUCUUCCUGAAGGUUCACGUCGAUGCAAACACUCCUUUUGUAACUUCCUACUCGCUUGCUUGGUGCUAGCCUUUAUACUCCCAUGGUUCCUCCGAGUUGACAUCUUAUGAUAAUGGUGCUUUAUCAUGCAUUUGUGUUCAUGGCGCAGAUUGUUAGUACCCAUGAGAACAUCUGGCCAGUUUCAACACCUACCCAUGAAAAAGAGGACAAAUGAUAUUAAUUGUAGAUCUGUGCAGAUCAUAAGAAUAUAUACCUACUGCAAAGUUCCGAUUAAAAGCCAAAAUUAUUAUAUUAGAAUUCGUUUAAGUUUUAGUAGGAAAAAUCAAUGGCAUGUACUCGGAAAAAUUUGUGAGAAAUUAUGAUCCAAUGAGGAUAUGUUAGAGCUUAAUGAGG